AUGGCCGCCACCCCAGCCCACGCAGCAGCCGCCGCCGGCGGCGAAGCGGCGCUGUCCCACGGCCGAACUGGAGUCCGUCCGGGUCCGGCCCCAUCUCGUCUCGGCUUCCUCGCCAAACCGUCCUCCCGGCGGGCCGCGAUCUCUCUGCUGCCGGGGCCUCGCCGCGCGGCUCCGGCGGCGGCCGCGGCCAGGGAGAGGGUCGCGGAGGAGGAGGGGCCCGUGUGGGUGGAGCUGGAGCCCGUCACCAGCGAGCAGCAGCUGGACCGGGUCCUUGCGGACGCGCAGCAGCUCGACAUCCCCAUCGUCCUGCUCUGGAUGGCGAGUUGGUGCAGAAAAUGUAUAUAUCUGAAACCUAAGCUUGAGAAGUUGGCAGCAGAAUACCAUCCAAGAAUCCGGUUCUACUGUAUUGAUGUGAAUUGUGUUCCACAAAAGCUUGUAAACCGUGCUGGAGUAACAAAGAUGCCUUCUAUACAGCUGUGGAGCGACUCCCAGAAACAGGCGGAGGUGAUCGGCGGGCACAAAUCUUGGCUGGUGAUUGAUGACGUCCGGAGGAUGAUCGAGCAGGAGGAAUGA